AUGUCUCAAAUCUAUAGUAAAGACUCUUUGGACAGAUUUGGUGACGAUUUGUGUCAACACAUGUUGUCUUUCCUAUCACUCGAAGACCGGUUCCGCUUUGAAUGUCUGUCCAAACAGUGGCAACGAUGCGUAUAUGAGACACAAACCCGGCUCACAAUUACCCGCAAAUUAUGCGCAAAACUCAAUAUUAACUCUCAAAUUGAAUCAAUGCUUCAAAAGUUGCCAAACAUUGCGGACAUUGUAUGCGAGGACUACGUGUCUAACCGUAUGUUUGAAGCGAUUGUCAAACAUUACUGUCAUUUACACGCUAUUCACGUGUGGUUUGUAAAUGACAUUAACAUCGAUACGAUCGAGACAUUCAUAACAAAGUUUGCCAAACAGUUGAAUGCAAUAGCGAUACACCGGUGCUCACAGGGCAUAUCCAAUGCCAUCCCGAAGUCAUACGGAUAUAUGACAUAUCCUAAAACCAAUCGUUACCUCCAUUUCAACAGACAUUUGCAAUUAUUACUGAAUCCGAGUCCAUUGCACCCAUACCUACGUAAAGUGGGCAUUGAUUAUCAAUUUAAACUUUACAAUAGUCCGCAGUUCACGGCAUUUGCCACAAACUAUGCACACGUAUUGCAAUCACUUUAUCUGAGAACAGGAGAUAUUUCUACUGAUAAUGAAUUGAAAGCAUUAAUCAAUGAUAUAUCGCGACUGAAAUCACUACGGGAUCUGCGCAUAGGGUUCAGUGAACUGGUUGACCCGGAACCUCAAUCGGAUAGUGACUCAGAACAUGAGCAGGACAUGGAUGCAAAUGACAAUCACGCAAACCCUGGCCAAGGGUUUAACGCAGAGUUAAAUCCGGAGCUCAACCAACAUAUUAACCCACAAUUGGCUGAAACAGAUAACUACUGGUUUCCCAAAGUAAUCGCCGGUUUGACACAAAUCGGACUCAAUUUGCAACUUUUGAAACGCCUGUCCCUUAAUUUCUAUUCCGAGUUAAAUGAGUGCAUAAUAAUAAAGGGCUCGGAGUAUAGACAACUCAUGCACUGUAUUCACGAUAACUAUAAACGGUUGACUCGUUUGGAGAUCUGUUUGACUAAUAGCGAGGAAUUGGUUUUACCGCCAAUUGGUUUCACUUGCGGUCAACAGUGGAAACGUAUCACACAUUUAACGCUGGACUUUGUGGUCGACGUCAAUGUGAUCGCGGAUAUCGUGAACUGCUUUCCAAACUUACAGUACUUUUGGUUUGAAAUUGUCGGUGAAAAUGAUACGAAUGGACAGUCGCUGACACAAAGUCUCCAUUUGUUAUCACAAUUACGGAAUAUUCAGUACAUUUCCAUCGGUUAUUGGGAUAAUGAUGUUUAUGAUCAAAGUGUGCUUGAUCAUUUCAUGAUAUGUCCCAAAAUGAAAGCCAUUGACUUAAGCCUCUUAUGA